AUGAGGGCCCCUGCAUGGAUCUACCACUCGCGGGUGGGGAGUAUCGUCCUCUUCGACGACGCGGGACGACGGAGGAAGAAAGCUGACACACUGGGUGUCUUCGCGAGCGACUUGAACCCUUCCUUCACACUGAUGAGGGCCUUGGGUCUGCUGCCAAUAGAAGGCCUGCAGACAGCGAGUCCUGCGUUCAGGCCGACUUCUGGCGCCUUCCUGUACUCCCUGGGGUGCUACCUGGCGGUGUCUGGCCUGGCGGCAUUCGUCGCCUUCUACCUGAUCACACACCGAGACUUCAAUGAUGGCAGCGUCUACAUGACGGCUGCACUCGCCUCCCUCGUUCCGAGCUUUCUUCUGCACCCCUUCUACUGGUUCGGGGCGAAGAAGGUAGUCGCGCUUCUGAAGAAGUGGGUGGAGUUUCAGGAGACGUAUCUGAGGACUACUGGGACACAACUCAACCUCAGACUGCGGCGCCCGUCGAUGUUCUUCACAGUGGUGGUGCCGCUAUUCACUUUCCUGGUAGUCAUAGCGGAGACGUUCAUAUUCGACAUCGCGCAUCCGAGUGUGGCUGUCGCGUACACGGUCACCAUCAGUAUGCUGGUCAACCACGGCGUGGUGUGGCUGCUGCAGUGCACCGCCAUCUGCCGGUCAUCGCUGCUGAUGAAGAAUUACCUCAGGUCGGUAAGUUGCCUUUCCAAGCUGCUGUCGGUGUAA